GUUGCCAACGUUACAUGGCUGUUAGAUUUAAAUUUUCAAAUUUUCUAUGCUUACGAGUCUUGAAUGGCGUUUAGUGUAUUUGUUAUACAAACUCGUAAAUGGCUACACCGCUAUUUGAUAAGAAUUCACCCGAUCAGCUGACCAAACAAAGAGCGAUUUGCAUGGAAAGAGAUUGUCAAUCAAAGAAAAUGUAUGAAUUACUAAAGGCCUGUGAGAAGCGUGUUACUUCAAAAACUUAUACCGCAGAAACAUGCAGUCAAGAGGUCAUUGACCUGCUCGAGGCAUUGGACCACUGUGUCGGCGAUAAGGCAUUUAAGGAGUUUAAAUAAAAUUGUAAACAUUGUCGUUUUAUUUAUUCCAAAUAUUAAUGCCUAUUUAGGCAACUGUGAUAUUUUUCAAGGACACUUCCGCCAUUUCUUUUUGUGUCAUAAAUGACAGUACUGAUUAAAUAUUUAAUAGUUAUUAAUUGUAACAUGUUUUUAAUAACAACUUACGAGUAAUUAAAAUAUUAUUUUCAGUUUGUAUAUUUAGUAGCUUAUAUAUUUUUAAAGACACGUCACAAAUUGAAAAGUUAUCUCGUUUCGUCGCCGGCGUUGUUGGUUUUAUUAGUAUAAUGUCUUAUCACUUUUUUGUAAUAUAUAAUUUGUAACCGU